UGUGUGUGUGUGGAUAUAUAGAUUUAGCGACGCUGUCCUCUUGACUUGGAGAGAAAAGAGUUGGGAUAAGCAUAGAGGAAAGAAGAUGGCAAAUCUUGAGCAGAACAAUACAAGCGCAGAUCAGUCCCAUUUCAAGAUCCCAGAUAUUAAGUUCACAAAGCUCUUCAUCAAUGGAGAAUUUGUCGACUCCAUCAAAGGUCAGAUCGAUUGUCUGCACAAAGAUGUUUCGUCCAAAACUAUAGGAAGAACCUUCGAUACCGUGGACCCAAGAACAGGGGAGGUCAUAGUAAGAAUCGCAGAGGGAGAUAAGGAAGAUGUUGAUGCGGCCGUGAAGGCCGCCCGAGAAGCAUUCGAUCAUGGUCCAUGGCCCAGGAUGUCCGGUUUUCAAAGGGCAAGGAUCAUGCUGAAAUUUGCGGACUUAAUCGAGCAAAACAUAGAGGAACUGGCGGCCCUGGACUGCAUUGAUGCCGGGAAACUAUUUCUCUGGGGCAAGCUUGUGGACAUCCCUUUCGGGGCGAGGCUUCUGCAGUAUUACGCAGGUGCAGCGGACAAGGUCCAUGGAGAGGUCCUCAAGUCCUCACGACCACUCCAUGCGUACACCCUAAAGGAACCGAUCGGGGUGGUGGGCCACAUCAUCCCAUGGAACUUCCCAACAUCAAACUUCUUCAUGAAGGUCGCACCGGCCUUGGCUGCGGGUUGCACCAUGAUUGUCAAGCCUGCUGAGCAGACCCCUCUGUCAGCGCUCUUUCAUGCUCAUCUUGCCAAACAGGCUGGAGUUCCGGAUGGAGUGCUUAACGUGGUAACGGGCUUUGGACAUACAGCCGGUGCUGCUGUCAGCAGCCACAUGGACAUCGACAUGGUAAGUUUUACGGGUUCUACUGAGGUCGGGAGGCUAAUAAUGCAAGCAGCUGCAACCAGCAAUUUGAAGAUGGUCUCACUUGAAUUGGGGGGCAAGUCGCCUCUUAUCAUAUUUGACGAUGCUGACGUGGACAAAGCUGCUGAGCUUGCUCUAAACGGUAUCCUUUUUAACAAGGGUGAAGUAUGUGCAGCCAGCUCUCGAGUUUAUGUCCAAGAAGGAAUCUACGGUGAAUUCGAGAAGAAAUUGAUUGAGAAGGCAAAAGCUUGGAAACUGGGUGACCCUUUUGACCCAGAAACUCGUCAGGGACCACAGGUCGAUAAGAAGCAGUUUGAAAGGAUACUUUCUUACAUCGACAUUGGGGUGAAAGAAGGAGGCACCUUGCUGACGGGGGGUAAGCCUUGGGGGUCCAAGGGAUACUAUGUUGAGCCAACAGUUUUCGUGGAUGUUAAGGAGGAUAUGCAAAUAGCACGGGACGAAAUCUUUGGACCGGUUCUGUCGCUCAUGAAAUUCAAGUGCACACCAAAGAUAAGAUCGUGCUUACGAAGUGUAACUUGCAGGACCGUCGAGGAGGCAAUUGAAAGGGCCAACAACAGCAAGUACGGCCUUGCAGCGGGAGUCUUGACGAAGGAUAUGAACGUGGCGAAUAGAGUCUCGAGAUCUAUUCGUGCUGGAAUCAUCUGGAUAAACUGCUACUCCAGUUUGGAUGUUGGCUUUCCCUUUGGAGGGUACAAGAUGAGUGGCUUUGGCCGUGAGUUAGGGCUCGAUGGCCUCCACAAGUAUCUGCAGGUCAAGACUGUUAUGACCCCUUUGCACGAUUCUCCCUGGCUCUAAGGGAGCACGUAACAACAGCCGUUGUCCGAAUUUUAAUCGACUGAUGACCUGCACUGGUUAUCUCGACUGUUGUUUGGUUUACCUCCUCACAGGUUAUCUCGCCCGUGCAACGGGUAUAUUUCAUGUUUAUGUUCGACUGCUCUGAAGUUUUUGGUCAAAGAAUUUAAUAUCAAAGUUCAGACUCGGUGUUGGUGGGAUCAGGUCAUUGUUUCAGAGGUGCUAAAGAACGUCUUGAACUAUCAUCAUUAUCUAUACCCAUCCACUUAUCACAUUCACAGGUAAACUUACUUUGAUUUAGGCA